UCGCAGUGUAAACAGGGCCCUCCCCUCUCGGCCCGGCGGCUCGUACUUCCCUCCCGGGACGCCCGCUCCUGCGGUCCCUCCGGUCCGUCCGUCUCCACCCCAUCCUUCUCCACUCCCCGCUUUCAGUUUUCUUUUUCCCCAUCGCAGCCCCUACCCCCAAGAAUCUUGAAUUCCUGAAAAUCGGAAGGGAUCUGGGAAGUGGCCUUCGCGAAGGCCGAGGCCAGGCCCUGCGUGGCCUGGCAUCGAGAUGUCUGGCCGCCCCUCGCCAGCUCCUCUCCCGGGCCUCAUCCCUUUGCCCUUGCCUCUCUCCAAGCCAGCCUACUCUGAUUUCCCCGGGGAACCCGCCGAGUGUCGCCUGGGGAAAUUAAUUCGGCUAGGGUUUGGGGGCUGGGAAUCGGUCUUGGGGGUUGCUGAGGAGGCCUGCGGAGGGCAGGGGGAGCCAGCUGUAUCAGAGGCAGUGGGAGCGGGACAUUUGUGCCAGCUGACAAGGUGUGCAUGUGGCCCUCCGGUGGGCCGUGCGGUAGCAUGUGACUUCUCUGAGUAGGUGUCUUUGUAUGUCUGAGAUCCGCGAGUGUGUGGGACUGCCCGUGGCAGCUACAUGUGUGCAUGAGGAGAGGAGAUGUUCUGGAGCCAUGUUGCUGCUUUGUGAGUGCUGAGCGGCUCCGCUGUGAUCCUGUGCUGGAGAGAGCGCCAGGAUGCCAGACACCAGCCAUGUGGCUCCAGGACCUGAAGGAGAAAAAGGAGAAGGUGGAGGAGAAGGCGAGCCGGAAAGAGCGAAAGAAAGAAGUGGUGGAGGCUCCUCCCAGGUCCUUCAGCCAGCCUGACACCACUCCUUUUCCUGAUCCCCACAGGAAGAGGAGAAUGGAGCUGAGGAGGAAGAGGAAGAAACUGCUGAGGAUGGAGAGGAGGAGGAUGAAGGGGAUGAAGAAGAUGAGGAAGAAGAAGAGGAGGAUGACGAAGGGCCCGCGCUGAAGAGAGCUGCUGAAGAGGAGGAUGAAGCAGAUCCGAAGCGGCAGAAGACAGAAAAUGGGGCAUCGGCAUGAGCCCCCCACCAAGGGGCUGGGGUGGGAUGCCCUUGGGGUUUGGAGGUGGGGGUGGGACAGACCAGCAUAGCCGCCCUUCACCUGGCUUCUUGCUCUGGGCCCUGCCCCACAGCUGCCACCCUCUUCUUUCUCCCAGCCCUGUUUCUGCCCUCCAGACACUGCCCCACCCUCACUGCCAUCCAUCCACCUCCAGGGCCCCAGCCUUCCCAGUCGCCCUUUCCUUGCUUUCUUCUCUGCCCACUCCGCCCACUGCCCCUGUCCUGGGGAAACCUCUCCCCUCUGCCCCUGCACCUCCUGCCUCACAUCCUGUUCCUUCCUCUCCUGCCUGAUCCUGGGUCUCCCUCAGAUCCCUUCUCAGACAGCGCCAGGCCGGGGUAGGGCCGGGGUUGGGGCCAAGCCCCGCAGCUGCCCCCCUCCCCUCCCCUUUUUGUAUAAUUUAAUAAAGAAAUGGUCGCGC